AUGCAUCGGAGACUUGGCAAAUCUCUUGCACAGAAAAUGCCUUGUUCUUCACUUUCCACUGUGUUUUUUCUUUUAGUAGUAAUCUUAGCUAGCAGCAAUGAGGCAUCAUGCAAACAAGAGAAAGGAGCUUGCGAAGGAACCAAACAUUGUUUUCCAAAUUCUCUUGAGCUGGAGAUGAAACAUACAGUUCAAACCGUUCAUCAGAUGGUUACGGAUACCAUACAGAGGGUCCGGAGUUCUGCCGCUUUGAUGAAUAAUAACCAAGUUGCAGCAAAUCAAACCGGCCUCAGUAGUGGUGGUCUAAGUGUAGCUUUAAGUGAUUGUAUUAAACUUUACGAAGACAGUGAGUUUCGACUUCGACGUUUGUCAGGAAAGUAUGGGAACAAUGACGAUGCGAGGACAUGGUUGAGCGGAGCCCUAACUAGUCACAGAACUUGCUUGGAUGGUCUCCAGCAUUAUCAUGAGAUGAAUAUCAGUCAUAAGCUUGUACAAUCUGAUCCUGAAUCUGUUACUUCUCAUCAGAAUUUGACUUCCCUGCUUAGUAGGGCUUUGGCUUUGUAUGCAUUACGAAACGCCAAGAAGAGUAAGUUGCUCCUCAACUUGAUCAGGAUAAGUGUCAAAAAUUGUGCAUUUUGGUGUAUUAAUGCAACAGAUGGCACAAUGUGGAGGCCAAAAUUAGGCCAAAACAAAGGACUCUUGGCAACAUGGGACGCGUCAACUGCAAAGGCUGAUUUUGUUGUUGCAAAAGAUGGAUCCGGCAAUUUCAAAACCAUUAAUGAAGCUGUGGCUGAACUGCACCGCCAGAAGCGGGACCAAGGCCAACCUCCAAGAGUGGUGAUCUACGUGAAAUCAGGAGUUUAUAGUGAGAAUGUGGAGAUUGACAGAGGCAUGAAAAAUGUAAUGUUCGUUGGUGAUGGAAUCGACAAAACAAUUGUUACCGGCAACAAGAAUGUGAUAGAUGGAGCAACUACCCUCAGCUCAGCCACUUUCGGUGUAUCUGGAGAUGGAUUUUGGGCAAGAGACAUGACAUUUGAGAACACAGCAGGACCUGCAAAAGAGCAAGCAGUGGCUUUAAGAGUGUCAUCAGAUUUAUCGGCUUUCUACAGGUGUAGCUUCAGGGGUUAUCAAGACACACUUUUACUCCACUCGCAGAGACAGUUCUACCGUGACUGCGAUAUCUAUGGCACAGUAGAUUACAUAUUUGGAAAUGCCGCUGCAGUACUUCAAAACUGCAACAUUUUUGUGAGAAAACCGCUGCAUGGUCAUGGAAUCAUGAUAACUGCACAAGGAAGAGAUGACCCGAAUGAGAACACUGGGAUAUCAAUACAUGGCUCGCGUGUUAUACCUGACUCAGAUUUCAGAACAGUGAAAGGUUUGUUUAAGAGCUAUUUAGGUAGACCAUGGAAGAAGUAUUCAAGGACUGUGAUUUUCAAAACAGAUCUUGAUGGGUUGAUUGAUCCAAAAGGGUGGAAAGAAUGGAGAGGUGAUUUUGCACUUUCAACGUUGUUUUAUGGUGAAUAUAUGAAUUCCGGAGUUGGAGCUUCUACUAGUAAUAGAGUGAACUGGCCUGGGUUUCAUGUGUUGAAUCGAGAAAGCGAUGUGGCACCAUUUACUGUAGGUAGGUUUAUACAAGGGGAUACAUGGUUACCUGAUACUGGUAUACCUUUUUCAACCAGCAUUUAA